UCGUCGGCUCGGCAUGAGGAAAAUGUGUAAGUUGUAGUAGUCGAUGUUGCCGUGUGGGAAUGUUCGGGAGUUUUUACGAGUGUAGCGUCUGAAACAUCAACUGACAACAGUGUCAUAAUUUCACUGAAAUUGAAGGAUUUUUUUCAUCUAAGCUUUAAUCAACACGAAACAGUCAUGAAGCCAGGAAAUUCCAGUGACGUCGUAUACAAGGAAGUGGUCAUUAUAGGAAACGGCCCAAGCGGCAUCGCUCUCUCUUACAUGUUAUCGGGAAAUCUUCCUUUCCUUAUCUCGGAUUCUCAUCCGGACGAGAUGUUAUCAAUGAGGCUCAGCUCUGCCGUAAAUCGGUGCUUGGUAAAGCAAGACUUGCGCCAUCUAGCGGACGGCAUCGAAGGUCGCUCCACCAAUCCCGUCUCGCUACUCCUCGACGCACUAUUGCACCCGUGUGCGGACAUUGGCCUAGAGAUGGAGCCACUGGUCGAAUUCAAAAAAGUCGGCGCCGAGAUUGACCACGUGGUGUUGGGCAAGGGCCCCCCUGGCGGCUCGUGGCACAAGAUGGACCCCUACAUCCUGACCCUGUCCCUCGGGACAUGGAUGGCGCUCCCGGGCCUCCCCUUCCACUCACGUGACUCUGGGGAAAAACGUGCUUUCGCGUGCAAUGUUGCCAACUACUACGUGCAAUACGUGAAAGAAAUGAACUUGUCUCGCUACUUCAUCAACAACGCAAUUGCGACAAAUAUAGCCCCCUUGAAAGGCACUCGAAAGGAGAGAGAGGCAAUUGAAAGACUGACCGAAAACCUCGACCGUAUCAACCAAUCAAAACCUUGUCGACUCUCCGACGCUCUCAACUACCUUCUAUCAAGGGGGCACCGCAAGCGGUGUUGUAAGCGCCCCCGCGAGGGGCUUUGUCAGGGGCAAAGCCCCGAUAGAAAGCGCGAACUGCGCAGAGACCGAUCUGUUAGUUUAAGCUGUGAUUCAAUCUCUUGUGAUAGUUCUAGUGAUAGUUUUAGUUUAGAGUUGAAGAAUGCUCGAGUGCCUUUUCGAAUCACUCCGGUGUGCGACCCGGAACAGAAGAGUAAUUGGGUGGUGGAGACCCGGAAUGUGGAAUCCGGGGAGACCACAAUCUAUCAUUGCAAAUAUCUGGUUUUGGCCAACGGAGCGAGUGAUUUACCCAAUAGGUUGGAGUUUUCCAAGGUGAAGCCGGAUCCGGAGUGGCUGUUUCAUGAUUUGAGGAGUUUGGAGUACCAUUUGGAUUUUUAUAUUAGGAGCAAGGGGGCGGAGGAGGUCGAGCCGGUCUUGAUCGUGGGGGCCGGGUUGAGUGCCGCAGAUGCUGUGAUUGCCACCAGGGGGCGGAAUAUACCCGUUUUGCACGUUUUUAGGAACAAAUCCGCCGAUUUGAACAAACAAUUGCCGGAGAAUAUGUACCCGGAGUAUCACAAGGUGCACCAAAUGAUGAAAGACGGCGGCUCCACCUACCCCUAUUACACCGCCUACCCCGAAUACACCCUCUUCGACGUCGACGAGACCUCUCGCUCGGUGAUUCUCGCCUCGAAAUCCGGGGAAACCCUCAAAUUCCGUGUUUCAUUCGCGGCCGUUUUGAUCGGUUCGCGUCCCGACUUGACCUUCUUGCCUCAAGAGUACAAUCUGGGGGUGAAAAAAGACCUCCCGAUCGAUUGCAAAACCAACACUUUAAAGAUAAACAAACUGACACAUUGUGUGGAAGGAUUCGAUGAUUUGUUCGCUGUGGGGCCUUUGGCGGGCGACAAUUUCGUCAGGUUUAUACCAGGGGGCGCUUUGGCCGUCGUCUCCGAGUUGUAUAGGAAAAAUAACGAUUAUUGUUGCCGUUUUACGUAAUAAGGGGAACCCCACCCUUAGGUUAGGGAUAAAGCAGGGAAAUUCUAAAAACAAAAACAAAAAAGUGGCAUUUUUGCUUAUUUUGUACUACCAAGUGAGUGUAAAAUAAAUCUGUUGGCAACACUGAUUGACAGUCAGUCAGUGUUGCCAAAUUCGGAUUUCGUGGCCUACUUUUUACAGACACUUGGUGUUUUUUCAAUAGUUUUGUGAUAGUUUUUAUUUUUUUAACCAGUGACAAGCUUUAUUGAGCAAAAAUCUAGUCUUUGAUUGGAUGAAGCAAUCAAAGAGGCGAGUUUGAUAAAAAAAACACAAUCUGUGUAAGUGAUUAAGAAAAAAACUUUAAAAUACACAAGUUUGCAUCAUUCCUGUACUCAUUUUUUAAGUGCAAUUUAUUGUUGCGGUCUUUUUUAUCUUUUUAUUGUUAUUAGAGCAUAUUUACGAUGUUUUAUAACGAUUUUUAUUAGUUAUUCUUGGAUAUUUUUUUUAAAUAUUGUGAUGCGGCGAAAAAUAAAGUUUCUUUCAACUUUUUACAAUGUAGACACAAUGCAAUUUUAUUUUUGUGGUAGGAGUAGAUUUGUAGUGGAAACCGUACUAUCUAAGCAAUAAUAACACAGUUGUUUUGUUGAAAAUGUUGUUUAUUUUUUUAUUUGUACAUAUUUACAGAAAUAAAGAUGAUUUAUCAACGA